GCUUUCAUUCUGAACAAAAAAGCGUAACCAUAAUAGCUCGUACCAUAAUAUUUUCCCUUUAAGAAAAAAAUUAUCUUUAAUUAUUGGCUCUUGUUCAUAAAAACGUAGUCAAAACAAAAAUAUCAAAACAAUGGCAACUUUUAAUUCAAUUUAAGGCGGACUUACUUACGUCAAAGUUCUCCUAGCAAAAAUCGGAAGGAACAUUAAUAAUUAAAGAAAAAAUCGUCGCGAUUUCUUUAUUUUAAUUCAUUUUAGAACUCAGCAGUGCAAAUUUACGAGAUCAACAACAUACCAAACUUUUCCAAAAAGAAGUCGAAAAACAGCGAUAAGAAAUCGACAAUGGGUUCCAAGACAACAAUUCGGAGGGUUCUAUCAGUUGUGGGAGUUUGCGUGCAGCUUCUUUUUUUCAUCUUCUCCAUGUUUUUCUACGUACCCGGCUGGUGGUACAUGGACAGGGGCGCAGGCGGGGAGCACGCGGGGGGACUUUACCAGUACUGCUUGAAAAUAUUGGGGUCUGACUGGACUUGUGGAGAAAUAGACAAGGACUUCGCAGAACGAUUUAUGGGCCAUAAAUGGGGUGCAUACAUCGCCAUGAGGGCAUUUGCAACUAUGGCUCACCUGUUUGGGUUCGCACUCCUUAUACUGCUGUAUGUCAACAUCUGCGUCAAGCACAAGAUUGUCGCCGGAGUGACGAUGGUAUUGGCCAUGGUGGACGUGCUCUUCGUUCUCAUAGGAUCUGCAGUGGCGUCCGGAACAUUCGGCAAAGUCGGCGACGCUGACACAGACACCGCCUAUGCUGCGUUCAUGGUGUGGAUCUCAUGGAUCUGGAGCAUCGCCGUCGGAGGAAUAUCUGUCGGGAUCCUGUUUGUCACUAUCAAGGAUGAUUACUAAGAUAAAGAACUAACUCGGUCAAGAACAACUUUUGAAUGAAUUAUGCUGUCAACAUCUGUUUUUGCCACCUAACUUUUCAAAUAAUUUACGAUAAAGAUAUGAGUUAUGAGAAACAAG